AGAGGUGGGACUGAGGCUAAUGGCGGCGUCUGUGAAACUAACCGGAGGAGGUGUUAAGGAGGCCGGGGCGGAAGAGGAAUCGCGAGUUCUGGAACCCGGGGCUGCCCCGUUCGGAAAUUUCCCUCAUUAUUCCCGCUUCCAUCCUCCGGAGCAACGGCUCCGCCUCCUGCCCCCGGAGCUGCUCCAACGGCUUUUCCCUCGGAGUCCCGACACGAGGCCGAUCCUGGGGCUCGACGUGGGGUGUAACUCCGGGGAUCUGAGUGUGGCUCUAUACAAACACUUCCUUUCCCAAAAAAAACAUGAUGGGGAGACCUGCUCAGAUGCCUCAACAGAACUCCGUCUCCUCUGCUGCGACAUUGAUCCAGUCCUGGUGGCACGGGCUCAAAAAGAAUGUCCUUUUCCUGAUGCUUUGACCUUUAUCACCCUGGACUUCAUGAAUCAAAAGACCCGGAAGGUUCUCUUGAACUCUUUCUUAAGCCAGUUUGGACGUUCUGCUUUUGAUAUUGGCUUCUGUAUGUCAGUAACCAUGUGGAUUCAUCUGAACCAUGGGGACCGUGGCCUGUGGGAGUUCUUGGCCCAUCUUUCCUCCCUUUGCCGCUACCUCCUUGUGGAGCCGCAGCCCUGGAAGUGUUACCGGGCAGCUGCAAGGCGUCUCCGAAAGCUGGGACUCCAUGAUUUUGACCACUUCCACUCCCUUGCCAUCCGAGGUGACAUGGCCGAUCAGAUCGUGCAAAUCUUGACUCAGGACCAUGGCAUGGAAUUAGUAUGCUGCUUUGGCAAUACCAGUUGGGACCGAAGCCUUCUGCUCUUCAGGACAAAACAAACCACAGAGACUCAUCCAGUCCCUGAAUCACAGAUAGAAGAAGAGAAAGAAAGGAACAGAUUAAGAAUCUAGAGACCAUGAGAUGGGAGGGUAAGAAGCUCAGGAAAAGAGAUAUUGAAAGGGUUUUUAUACUAAUAAUUUCAUUCACUUGUCUUACCUCAUCUAUAGUCAGGCUGCCUCAAAACCUACCAGGAGCUUUUGGCAAAAUAUCCAAGGCAUAUAAUGGAGAGAAUCAGUAUCUGUUCUCAUUGUGUUGAAUGAUACCUGAGGAGAAUUCAUCUGUGGAGCACUAUGCUAGGCUCUCUGGAUUGGGAUGGCCUAGAAAAAGUGAUUCUGGUUGUGGGAUCUGGAAAGGGCUACUUUUUAUAAAGAUGAGAACAGGCUAGCUUUAAAAAGUAUCUGUUCCCUGGGCUCCUUGAAUCAGAUCUGAUUUCUUCAGGCUUCUGGACUUACUAGGCCUGUCUCUGGCAAAACCACAAUGCAAUCUGGAAUGACUAAAGGAAGGGAUCUGUAGGAAAAGCACCUUAUUUUCUGGAGCAAGUCAAGUUGCCAACAUGCCCAACACAGCACAGCAACUACAAAUACUAGCCAAGAUGCAUUAACAGCCAUUUAAGUGAUUUUUAAAAUAUUUAAAUUAUGAACCCAGAGAUAGUAAUGCAGAUCUAGAAUGCGGCUUAGGAAUCUUUGUUGCAUUCUUUUAUUUUGGUAAAAUAUAAAUAACAUGAAAUUAACCAUUUUGUUAGAGUGUUUUCUGUUACAAGGUACAUGUGCUUACAGAAAAGACAAAGCAAGAAAUCACCACCCCAGGAGGGAUGCC